UCUUCUUCCUUCCUUCUAACAUUACUUUUGUGCCUUUUGUUACGAUACCCUCAUAAUCCCCUUUUACAAUAAUACCCACAUACUCUUAAUCUGUGUCGUGCGGCAUCAUGGUCAACCGUUUCUAUCCUCAAUCUGGGGCCCAGCCAGCUGUCAGCAAUGGCACUAACGCGCCGAUUGACGUCCUCUGCGGCCCUCUGAUCAAUUUCAAGAACAUGCAUGUCGAAACGUCCUCCUCCGUAUGGCAUGGAAGCGUGUUGAUUGUCACCAAACCGGGCCAGGGACAGCCGCAGUUGCACUUGCGCCAGGCUGGUCCCAUUGACACCAACGUUCAAGCCGAAUUCAAUGCGUCCAGUCAUGCGAUUGAUGGACUCAUGCUUUACGAAGAUCCCGGGAAGGCGUUUUGGCGAUUCUCGCUCUCGAUACCACUGGAAUCAUACGAGGCGCGCUGGGAUUAUGACAUCCCCGACCUCCAGUAUGUCAACAGCCAAUUGAACCGCUCCCCGAUGACGUUUGUGGUUCCCUCGGUGAACCAGUCCAUGCGCAUCAUGUUUCACUCCUGCAAUGGUUUCUCUGUCGGUACUGAUAUGGACGCUUGGAUCGGCCCCAGUCUGUGGAAUGAUGUAGUGCGGUUGCAUGCGCAGAAACCAUUCCACGUUAUGAUCGGUGGCGGUGACCAGAUCUACCAAGACGGGAUUCGUGUGGAUGGCCCUCUUAAUGAAUGGACUUCGAUUAGCAACCCCCAUAAAAGACGGGCACAUGACUUCAACAAUGAUCUCCGUGCGCGGUGUGAUGACUGGUACUAUGACAGAUAUAUUGACUGGUACUCGACUGAGCCCUUCAAGACGGCGAACGGGCAGAUCCCCCAGAUUAACGUCUGGGAUGAUCACGACAUUAUUGACGGUUUCGGCUCCUACACGGAUCACUUCAUGCGUUGCUCCGUCUUCCGGGGCAUUGGAGGCGUCGCUUUCAAGUACUACUGUUUGUUUCAGCAUCAUAUUGCGCCACCCAAGUCGACCUAUACCACGGACGCCCCGCAAACUAUGCAGGCCGUCGACGGAACUGCAGGUGCCGAUCCUCGGCAGUUGGAAAACACCUUUGUCCUGGAAGAGAAAGUGGCAGAUGACAGCUGGAUCAUUGGCAAUAACCCUGGUCCCUAUGUAGAGGAAAAGAGUCGGAAUCUGUACAUGCGCCUCGGUAAGCGAAUCGCGUUCCUCGGUGUCGACGCUCGCACAGAACGUACUCGUCACCAGGUCAACUACCCAGAUACCUACGAUCUCAUGUUUUCUCGUCUCGAACGCGAAAUUGCAGCAGCAAACGGCGACAUCAAACAUCUGGUGGUCUUGCUGGGUGUUCCAAUCGCCUAUCCCCGUCUGGCAUGGCUGGAGAACAUUCUGAGCUCCCCAAUCAUUGCACCGAUCCGUCUUUUGAACAAGCGUUUUGGGGUUGCCGGUGGGCUGUUCAACCAGUUUGAUGGCCAGGUGGAUUUGUUGGAUGACCUGGACGACCACUAUACCGCUCGUCAGCACAAGCGAGAGCGAAAGCUUUUUGUUCUGCGUCUUCAAGAUCUUGCCAAGGCCAACAACAUCCGAGUGACGAUCUUGGGCGGUGAUGUGCAUCUAGCCGCCAUCGGGCGAUUCUAUUCGCACCCCAAGCUUGGCAUCCAAAGCGAGAACGACCACCGGUACAUGGUCAACGUUGUCAGCAGCGCUAUCACCAACAAGCCUCCUCCCAAAGCGGUGGCCAAUCUUCUGGCCCGGAGAAACAAACUGCAUCAUUUGGAUCAUUACACCGAUGAGACCCUCAUGCCUUUCUUCGACCAGCAGCCAGGAGGAAAGGAGAAGAGUGCUGCAUGGAACAAGGUUACGAUGCCAUCCCGGAACUUCGCUUGUCUCACUGAAGUCGAGACUCCGGUCUCAAAUGGUGAUGAUCAAGCCCCACCGAAUGGAGACUCCCCAUUCACUCUGCCCAAGGAUGGACACGCGCCGCUUCACAGGGGCGAGGCUGGUGCAGGCAGUAAGCACUCUGCUGCGGAUGGCGUUAGCAAUAUCAGCGGCAUGCAUGGUGGCUUGGAUGUUUCUAUUAGAGUAGAAAUCGACCCGCAAGACAGAGACGGAACUACCGAUGGUUAUGGAUUCAGCAUUCCUCCAUUGGAAUACAUUCCUCACCCGAGCGGUUCACGCCCUGGUUCGGCACGUCCUCAUUCUCUGCGGGAAUCUCUUCGCCCCCGUUCAGCACGUCCUUCAACUGCUAUCAAUUAAUUUUUCCGCUUUCUCGGGAAAAGAAAUUCUGCACUCUCCUAGCUACUCCUAGGUGCAUGUAGAUGUUAAGUCUGUCCUAGUUGAUUGUUUUCAUUUCUCUACUGUUAAGAUAAUUCUGCUGCGGCGCAGCGAGUUGAUACUCUGACGUUAUGUUUUGAUUUUUGUAUAUCCCGAGCAUCUUUUGGCUUAAUACAAUACUUGAAAUUUCCUCAUCCAGCAACCGUGCUUGUUUGCCGUGGCUUUUGGAUGAGACAAUCUAGCCUUUGGCCUUAUCUCUACAUGUCGACACCUGUUUGCAUACUCCUUAUUGGAGAGUUUUUAAAAAAUAUAGUGCCGGAAAAGUGGCCUUGAGAUGUUUCUCAAUGCUCAUUCCGCUAGACAAUCACUAAGAAUUGUCGUUGCGUUGGCUAGCUUACAAGCCUUCUUCCGGUUUCCUUGACCGCGAUUUCUUCGUGGGCAUUCCAAUUCUUCAA